AUGUCCCCGCUGUCCCGUUGAUGUCCCCCCCGGCUGCCCCAGGUGUCCCCGUGCCCAUGGAGCUGCUGUUCGGGCGCCGGAAGACGCCGGAGGAGCUGCUGCGGCAGAACCAGCGGGCGCUGGGCAGGGCCGUGCGGGAGCUCGACCGCGAGCGGCAGAAACUCGAGGCGCAGGAGAAGAAAAUCAUCGUGGACAUCAAGAAAAUGGCCAAGCAGGGGCAGAUGGACGCCGUCAGGGUGAUGGCCAAGGACCUGGUCCGGACCCGGCGCUACAUCCGCAAGUUCAUCACCAUGAGGGCGAACGUCCAGGGCGUGUCCCUGAAGAUCCAGACCCUCAAAUCCAACAGCUCCAUGGCCACGGCCAUGCGCGGCGUCACCAAGGCCAUGGCCACCAUGAACAGACAGCUGAAGCUGCCCCAGAUCCAGAAGAUCAUGCUGGAAUUCGAGCGCCAGGCCGAGAUCAUGGACAUGAAGGAGGAGCUGAUGAACGACGCCAUCGACGACGCCCUCGGGGACGAGGACGACGAGGAGGAGAGUGACGCCGUCGUGUCCCAGGUCCUGGAUGAGCUGGGACUGAACCUCACGGAUGAACUGGCCAGUGAGUGGGGGGGGGACCUGGGGGAUUUGGGGGGGCAUUGA